UCUCUUCAUGUGGCGUACUACGCCGCUUGUUGAUAAAAAACCAACAAUAACAGUAAUCAGCUUUAAAAUUAAAACCUUUAUUUUAAUAGGUAGUUGCAUAAGCAGACAGGACGCUUUAUUUAGAAGCUGAUGUAACUGGCUGAAACCAUGCAAAAGUAUGAGAAGUUGGAGAAGAUAGGAGAGGGCACAUAUGGGACUGUUUUUAAGGCUAAGAACAGGGAGACGCAUGAGAUUGUGGCCCUCAAAAGAGUGAGAUUGGAUGAUGAUGAUGAGGGGGUACCAAGUUCAGCAUUACGAGAAAUUUGCCUCCUGAAAGAACUUAAGCAUAAAAACAUUGUAAGGCUGCAUGAUGUCCUUCACAGUGAUAAGAAGCUAACAUUAGUUUUUGAGUACUGUGACCAGGAUUUGAAGAAAUACUUCGACAGCUGCAAUGGUGACUUGGAUCCAGAGAUUGUUAAGUCCUUCAUGUACCAGUUAUUGAAGGGACUUGCCUUCUGCCACAGUCGAAAUGUUCUUCACCGGGACCUUAAACCACAAAAUCUGCUAAUUAACAGAAAUGGUGAACUGAAAUUAGCUGACUUUGGCUUGGCCAGAGCUUUUGGGAUUCCCGUACGAUGCUACUCUGCUGAGGUGGUGACAUUGUGGUACAGACCUCCAGACGUACUGUUUGGUGCUAAGCUAUAUUCUACCUCUAUCGACAUGUGGUCUGCCGGGUGUAUAUUUGCAGAACUAGCCAAUGCUGGACGGCCAUUAUUUCCUGGUAAUGAUGUGGACGACCAGUUAAAGAGGAUCUUUAGAUUGCUGGGGACACCAACAGAAGAACAGUGGCAGACUAUGAACAAACUUCCAGAUUAUAAGCCGUAUCCAAUGUACCCAGCUACUACAUCACUUGUGAAUGUUGUCCCGAAACUCAGUAGCAGUGGCAGAGACUUACUACAGAAUCUUCUGAAAUGCAAUCCAGUACAGCGAAUUUCAGCAGAGGAAGCCCUACAACACCCUUACUUUGCUGAUUUCUGCCCACCCUAAAUUUCAGAUCCACUAAGCAUCAUUUAGAAAUAUAAUGGGCCAGUCUUACCUUGUGCAACUCCAUCAAUUCCUCCAGCUUUCAGCUAGAGUUCUUCUAGAAGGACCUUUCAACACUUCUUCAUUAGUUAGUUUGUGUCAGUCACAUGCACUGAUUUGUGAUUGUAUAGUGACAUAUUGUAAUGCAGAGUGUGGUGCUAUUACAAUCCAUAAACAAGAAAUUGUUACUUUUGCAUUUAUGGGAUAGUUUAGAAGAUAAUGAUCAUCAGCCAAAUUUCAUAUAUCCUGGCCCUGCACAAAUAAUUUAGUUGAUUGCCAAAUGUGCUUCAUGGGUCUUUAAUGGUUUACAAAAUACUGCCAUGAAGACUUAAAGGCAGUAUUUGUUUUUUUGUCAAAGAUCAAAUGAACAAUAUAAUUUAAUAAGGUACAGUGCACAUACAGUACAUGAUUUAGGUUACGUACAUACAUAGUAUUUAAAAAUAGUUAAUUUUCCAUUUGUGUGUGUGUGUGUAGUGUGUAUCUGGUAUAAGUUCUAGAAGGCUAAGGAAAAUAUUGUUAUUCUUUUGUCGUUACUGUACGACUGUCCUUUUGCCAUUUUCUAUGAAUGAGAUUGUAGCGUUUAUUGAGUCAUUUUAAACCAUUCUAUCAUUUUGUUAAUUUUUUAUAAUAUCAGUGAAUCUAAUGUAGCUUUUAUUAUUAUUAUUACGUAAACUGUUUUGAUAGUUUCAGGUGUUAAGAAGAUUUGUUUUGCAUAGUGUACCAUGAGAAUUGCCUUUAACCAUCAGAGCAAUAGCUGUAAGAACACUAGUAAAUAGAAUGUUCUUGUAAUGCAUCAUAUGAAACAUUCAAAUUCCAUUGAGAUUGCAUACAAAUGUAUGCCAGUAUUGUAAUUGUAUAUAAACAAUCGUAUGUGAUGUUGCACGUGUGUACCUUAUUGAAGAGUCAUGCUAUUGGAUAAUUUAAGAUCGCCCUGAAUUCUGUCAAAUUUGAGAUAAGACUUAAAUAGACAAAUUUGCUCUCUUGAUAGAUUUGCUUUUCUCUUCAGCUUCAGUAGAUAAACAUUCUUAGAGAAGAUAAUCCAUUUCACAUCAUACCAGCCUUUCAUAGCGAUUGAAUCCAUUAUUGGUUUGAAAAGGUAUUAUAUUUAUUAGAAAAAUUAUUACAUUUCAUUUGAGAGAGUGAGUGGCUGCAUUUUUCAGUUUCUUUUACACGGUUUGAAAUUACUUUUAUUUAUUAUCAAUAUUCCUGUACAUAUGUUGACUUGCUAGGUAAGUGACCAUUCCUGGCAUAUUUAGAAAAA